GCUGCACGAAAGGGUGUAAGUGUUGACAAAAUAUUAUAAAAAAAAAGUUAAGUAAAGAAAAAAGGAAUUAGUAAAAAAAUGUUUUUAAUUGAAAUAAAAAACUGGAUAACUAAAAAAAUAUUAGUAAAAAUUACAUAUUUAAUUAAGGAUUGCAACUAUCAUAUUGUUGUGUGGCAUUAAGGAAUUAUUAAUGAAUUAUUUUUGGUAAAACGUGAAAUGUGAAAUUAAAGGAAAUUAUUAUAUAAGUAAUAUAAUAAAAUGAGGUGGUGGACUUUGUUUUAGAAAAGUAAAUUCAGAUUAUCGGAAAGAAAGUUUGAAAUUUUCUUAGAACAUUUUAAUAACUAAUAUCAUGGCAGUUUUAUUUUACAACGUUGAAGAUGAAAAACAUAAUAUAUGACACAACAAACAAUGAGCUGGCUAUUACAAUCUAUAGCAGUCUCGGCCUUUUGCACCAAUGGAGAGGAAAUAUUUAAAUUAGAGAUCCACAGUAUACAUAGUAAUUUAUUGUGCAAUGUUUUGGUUGUGCUUUAACCAGAGUAAACAUUAUGAACAAUUGUCUUUUCGACAUUCGGAAUACCAGAAAGAGCGAUUACAUCAAAACUCUUUGUUUCCGCAAUUCUGCACUAAAAAACUCAAAACAAAUAUCAUCUCAAGAUAUGAUAAAUCGAGGAGCCGUUUCGCGUUUGUAAAACUAACCAAAUGCUCGCGGAAUUCGUUUUGUCACUUUGGAUUGCAAUUCAUUAUACUUCUAAUGUUAUCUUGUCGAACUGAAUGGUGUCAUUGUUUACCUGAUGGACGCGCGACUUGUCGAUCGGUAGCAGGUUUAACUAAAGACCAACUUGAACUUUGCUUCAAAGCUAGUGAUGUGGCAACAGCGGCUCUCGAAGGUCUAGACAUGGCAAUUCGUGAAUGCCAAUUACAGUUUCUGUGGCAUCGUUGGAAUUGUUCAUCACUUAGCACAAAAAUACGUAACCCACAUGUAUCAAAUCUUCUUAAAAAAGGUUACAGGGAAAGUGCGUUUGUGUUUGCCAUUUCCGCUGCCGGUGUAGCGCAUAAUGUUGCUCGUGCUUGCAGUCAAGGACGUCUGGUGUCAUGCGGUUGUGAUCCUUCAAUUAAUCGGAAAACGCUUAAUAGAAAUCUGAGAAGAAGCCUUGAUAAGGAGAAGAAACUAUUUCUCCAAUACUUAGAAACAAACCAAAUACUAACACCUGAAGAGGAGAAGAAGUACGAAAGAGCAAAAAUUACCAGCCGUUGGAAAUGGGGAGGAUGUUCUCAUAAUAUGGACUUUGGAGUUGAAUUUUCUAAGUUAUUCUUGGAUUGCCGUGAGAAGGCUGGAGAUGUACAAUCAAAAAUUAACCUGCAUAAUAAUAAUGCUGGACGAAUCGCUGUUUCCAACCACAUGGAGCUACGAUGUAAAUGUCAUGGAAUGUCCGGUAGCUGCCAGUUAAAAACUUGUUGGAAAUCUGCACCUAAUUUUCACGUAGUUGGGAAAUUGCUUAAGCAUCAGUUUCGGCGGGCUCUAUUGGUGGACCAAUCUAAUUUGGGAAAUGGAGAACCUAUAGUCGUACUAAAACGAUCACGACCUAAGAAACAAAAUUCUUCCACGAAAAUUAAACAAGCUGAUAACCGAGAACGAAAUGUAAGACCCAUUCGCAAAAUGAAAAUGGAAAAAAAUGAAAAAAGGUCUGCCGGUUACCUUGAGACAUCGUUAUUUUAUUAUCAACGAUCGCCAAACUUUUGUGAGCGAGACUUAAGCGCAGAUAUUCAAGGAACAACAGGCCGCAGAUGCAACCAUAAUAGUACUGUUAGUGACAGUUGCACAUCCCUGUGUUGUGGCCGAGGCUAUAAUUUAGUUAAACAAAAGCGGGCUGAGCGUUGCAAUUGCAAAUUUCAAUGGUGUUGCAACGUGGAAUGUGAUGAAUGCCAAAUAGAAGAGAGGAUAAGCGUUUGUAAUUAAUUUUCUUGACUUACUGUUAGCAUAAUAUGUAUCAGGUAUGGAUGAAUAUUGCUAUAAUUGUAAAUAUGUAUAAACAUAUUAAUAAGAAUAAUACAUGUGAGUAAACAUAUUAUCAAAAAAAAAAUAGUGUGCACAUUGUUAAAAUAAUGUAUUUUAUAAUUAAUAAAUAGAAAAGUACAUUCAA